AUGGAAACGGAGUAUUUGUUUGCGCUAAAAUUAAUACGUAAAUUACAAGAUCCCGUUCCUCAAUAUGUAUUGGGUUGCCUGCCAGCUAUCGCAACAAUAGGAGUUGCUCCUUGGGAUGAUUUCAUGAAAAAUGAUGAGACAUCAUUGUGCGCUUAUUGGCUCCCUCCAAAAAGUUUUAUUAGGAAUGAUGAAAACUCGACAACAUCAAUCACUUACAGACCUUUCGGAGUAUACGCCAUGAACAUUGAACAGUCGGAACAUAUAAAAGCAUGUGUCGCCAAGGCAUCCGUACUAGAAAGGUUGUCGUCGUUGGCGUCGUUAUACUAUAUAAUAAUUGGUAUAAUUUCUGGAAUAUCAAGGGUGGCAGGACCGACGAUCUGUGAUGAGGAUUGGCCAAGUAUACCGUUAGCAUUAUCUUGGACAUUACCUGCAAUAUAUAGGAGAACGAUUCGAAAUAAUCUAGUUGCUUUCGAUCCUAAUAAUAUAUUAGGAAACAAUCAAAUAACCGUAAACUUAAUCAAUUAUAAUAAGUCUGACGAUUACGCCCGCGUCGCGUUCACUGCUCUAGUGUCAAUAGGAGUACCUUGGAUAACAGUGCUGUUAGCCUACUUCACACCCCCAAUCGGUUUUUAUUGUCGAAGUAUAUUUCUCUCGGUGUUGUGUUCAAUAUGGUCAUUCAAUAGUAUCUUGGCACUUUUAAGCCACUUGAUGGGAGAAAAAAGCGCUUGCUAA